CCGUAACCCUGAUAUAUGUUAUAUAGUGUACAAGCGAUAAUAUAUAUCUAUGUAUAUGUCAAUAUAUGUACAUGUUCGUGUAUGUCUAUAGAUAUAGAUAUAGAUAUACCUGUUUUUACUACUAAUAGCUCUCGGUUGUUAUCCCUCAUAGGAGUACACAAAGAAGCACUUAUAUAUAUGUAUGCAGAAUCACCUCAACGUCGACUUUGUCCACAAAUACUAACUAUUCACACACAUUAAGCAAUAUGGCUGAGACAUCACCCCCGCAAACACCACCGCCCACUGACCCCACCCCUCCCGCUAGUGGGACGCAAUCGAAGUCAUCGGUCAAUUCAAGUACCACUUCGGUAGCUGACGGAGAAGAAGAAGCAAACUCAACAACAAACACGGCUAUGGUCUCGUCGGAAGCGGUUGCAUGUCAAGAGAGUGCGGAGGAUAGUGUAGCUGAACAUACUGAAGUUACACUAGAAAAUGGAUCAGAUGUUAUCACACACACGGAUAUAACCGAUGCGUCGGAUACCAAAAGUGAAGAAGUCCAAGGUGACGCUAAGAGUUCAGUGACCUUUGAUUUGAGUAGUGAUGGUGAACACGAAAGUGCAGACCUAACGGAGACACAAUCUGAUGGGCAGAGUUUACAACAGGCUACGCAGCAGAUCAGUGCAUACAUUGAUGGGGAAAGAGAGGAUGACACGAACACACCCACACAUACACACACAAAAGACCUUCCUACUGCUGAGACCGAGCAACAAGGUGCACAAACGAGCUCGGAUAAAGACAUUACUGAACCUACGAGAGGGAAUAGUACAGACGGUACACAGCAGUCAGCCACCGUAGCUACAGAAGACGAUGCUACGGCAACUGAUAAUAGUGGUGCCGAAGCGAGUCAAAAGGAUGAGGCUACGCCUAAGGAUGCUGUCGGGAGAUCACAGUCACAAUCCGGCAGCUCUACUUCAUUAUGGGGAAGCCUUAAAAACAUCUUCGUCACAGUUCCAACAUAUGAAGCUGAUCCCGAACUAGACGAUGCUUUGGAGUCGUUAGAGCGUUUCUCCCACACGUUUGCUGAAUCGGUCAAGGCUCUGAGCAUGUACCGUAAGGCAUUCAUAACCAUGACUCUGCAGAUCAAACACUUGGCCAAGGCCCUCAAUGACGAGGGCAUGAAGACACGAGGUGACACAGGAAGGGUUCUGCGCAAUAUGGGCGAAUCCCUUAAGGAUGUGCAUACGUCGCAGCAGGACUUGUCACCGUUGCUCUCUCGAAUGGAGAGCACUUGGGACGCGUUCAUCACCCGAGGAGUGCCAGAUGCCCAGCAGGCUGCGGCAGACGUACUUACUGCGCGCGAAAAGGCACACGCGGCCCAGCAACGCAGACAGCGUGCAGGAGAGCAGGGCAACAACCAGUUCAGUGAAGUCUAUUUAAUAUACCAGGCAAUGGAAGCGGAAUACAAGGACAAACGGGAAGCCUUCUUAGCCAAGGCGACAAUGCUGGAUCUCCAACACUGUAACAUCUUCCGAAAGGACCUUAAAGAGUUUGAGAUUGUAUUUAAGCUUCACGCCCAGAACGCUCAGCAGGUGCUACACCAGGCCAUGGAUGUCCACAAGGACAUAGUCAAUAGCCAGACGAAGACUCCGUCGGAGUUUGCGGACAAUCUACUGCUUGCGAGGAAACGCAGUGUGCCCAAUUUACAGCUGCAGUGUUAAUGGGGCAACCGUCAUGAUGCAACAAUGUGAUAUAAUUUACAAUACUCAACUGAUCUGGUACAUACCAUUGUUAUGGUGUGUACAAGAACUUUGAUGGGCUGACGAACAAUGACCAGUGCUUUUUUUUUUCCGAAGAAUUUACUACGUCCGAGGAAUUGAGGUGUGGUCAGAGGAAACCUUGCCAGCUCCAGUAGAGCUGCUUCAAAAUAGUAAUUCCUGAUGUGGGUUGGGUGGUUCUGGAGGUGUGGAAGGUGCUAGAUGGGACUAUGUGCCGUGAGCUGCAUACGUCCCUAUAUACCGCGAAAUAUCAACAAUCAGAAUUUUUUUCUUGUUUGUGGGCCGCAGAUUGUUAACGGAGGUGUUUCACUGGAUGGGCUCACACGCUUGAGUUUCCAAGCAGUCGAGACUCUCCGAAGUUUUAAAACUCGACACUUGAUUUCAUCUAACCCCCCCCCCCCCCCC